AUGACGGGCGAAGCUCUUAUCGGAAGACCCGGGACCUUGACUCCAGAUCAAGAAGAGAAAUUGAGAGAGUUUUGGAUUGCUACUCUGCAAGUCUUUGGGGUACUUGAUGCAAAGGAUUUGAAUGGGAAUGGGCAUACGGAAGUCUCAAAUGGCAGAAUCAGAUCUGACACGGCGAAUUCGUCAAAGAAACCCAAGAAGAAGAGAUUAUCGUUAUUUCGAUCGAAGAACAAGGAGGACGAUACCGACUCGGUGACUUCGACAGAGAGUCACCCAGCCUCGGAUGGAGACGACAAGUACGGGCAGACGAAAGAGUUUCAUGAAGCUUUGGCCAAUAUGUCACCCGCUACACUUCGAGCUACAUUUUGGAGUAUGGUCAAACAUGAUCAUCCAGACGCCCUCCUAUUACGAUUUUUGCGAGCUCGGAAAUGGGAUGUGGAGAAGGCUCUGGUUAUGAUGGUUUCUACAAUGAGGUGGAGAUCGAAUGAAGUGAAUGUUGACGAUGAUAUUAUGGCAAAUGGAGAGCUUAGUGCAUUGAAUGAUGCAAACAGCAGUGAUCCGGCAAAGAAGAAGCUAGGACAUGACUUUUUAGCACAAAUGCGGUUAGGGAAGAGUUUCCUCCACGGGUUGGAUAAGUCUGGGAGACCAAUGUGCUUUGUACGAGUACGGUUACACAGGCAAGGAGAACAGAGUGAGGAGAGUCUUGAGAGAUACACAGUCUUUAUAAUUGAAUCCGCGAGGAUGAUAUUAUCACCUCCUGUGGAUACUGCUUGCGUUGUUUUCGAUAUGACGGGAUUUUCUAUGGCGAAUAUGGAUUACGCUCCUGUCAAGUUCAUGAUCAAGUGCUUCGAAGCGAACUACCCAGAAUCAUUAGGAGUGGUCUUAGUACAUAAAGCCCCAUGGGUAUUCCAAGGUAUCUGGAAAAUCAUCAAAGGGUGGUUAGACCCCGUAGUAGCAAGCAAAGUCCAUUUCACCAACAACAACGACGAAAUGGAAGAAUUCGUCCCCCGCUCUCAAAUCAUCAAAGACCUUGGUGGAGACGAAGACUGGACUUAUAAAUACAUCGAACCUGUACCAGGCGAGAAUGAUACCAUGAAAGAUACAGCAACCAGAGACAAGCUCCUCGCCGAACGGGAAGGCUUUGUCGACGAAUACGAGAAAUCGACUCUUGACUGGAUUCACGGCAAUGGAGACGUCUCAGCUGUCAAGUUGAGACGGAAUGAGUUGGCUAAUACCUUGAAAGAGGACUAUUGGCGUUUGGACCCGUAUAUUCGUGCUAAGUCAUUCUACGACCGAACCGGUAUGAUUAAUCCUGGAGGCAAGAUCCAAUUCUACCCAAGCAAAGAAACUGUUACUCCCACCACCAAUGGAGUUGCGAAACCAGUCGAGACUCAUGCGGAUGAUGUGGACUGA